AUGGUUCCAUGCAAACUUUUGGAAGUAAUUAAAGUAGUAGUUGAGGACAAUAUCUUUGGCAAACCUCUUCAUCUCUGUCUUACCACCUGGGGACAACAUGUUCUUACUGCUGUAGUUCUUGUAACGCAUGCUCCAGUGCUUCUUGGGUUCUCAAUUCUUGUUGGUAGCAGUACAUGGGUGGAUCUCUUGUUUCUUAUAAUCAGAAUCAUAGCUCGAUUGUGUCUACAAGAAAAAGAAGAAGAAGAACUUGGAAAUGAGGGCGAAUUCUCUUAUUUUCUCCUUCCAUUUCCUUUCUUUUCCUUCUUCCCUUUUUUCUUUCUCCUCUCCGGCGUAUCCGUCUACGGCGAGAAGCGCAUCUCGGUUCAGAACGAGGACGGAUCGAAAGUUGAGUACAGGGUGUGGAAUCCCUUCUGCUCGAAGCUCGCCGCAGCUAUUCUCGGCGGCGUUGACAACAUUUGGAUCGCUCCCGGAACUCGCAUAUUGUACCUUGGAGUUGCAUUGGGUACCACCGUCUCUCAUAUGUCUGACCUUGUUGGACCUACUGGAGUGGUCUUUGCUGUUGAUUGACCUUGUUGGAUACUGCAUGUUGGA